AUGAACCACUAUGUUCUGACUGCUAAUGGGAGGUACGUCUGUGCCGAGUUGGGAGGGACUCUGGCCCACCUGGAGACGAAGGAAGAAAGUGAUUUCCUGGAGGAGAUUGUGUACAAUGAAGCCUACAUUGGGUGCCUCAAUGACGGGAUUACUCGGCUCUUUGAUGGAGAUUUUUACUAUAGUAAAGUGAUGACCAAUAAAAUGUGUAUACAAAAAUGCAGACAACAUUACUUCAAGUUUGCUGGAACACAGUAUUUUGGACAGUGUUUCUGUGGGAACGCGACAUGGAAAAAAUUUCAAAAACAUGGCCAGUCCCCAGAGGGAGAAUGUAAACUACCUUGUUACGGAAACAAAGGGGAGAGUUGUGGAGGACAUUGGAAAUUAUCCGUUUAUUUAACAGGGGGCUGGAAGCACUGGGUAGGGGGAACAGAUAUGUUAGAGGAGGGAGAGUGGAUAUGGUUCCCAGGUAAUACACCUUUGACGUAUACCGAUUGGCUCUCCACUGAACCAGACAACCAGCUGCACUCUUCAUUAGAGAAGGAACACUGCAUGUCUCUGUCUCCAAGUGUGUACGGAUCGUACAAAUGGAGCGACGAAAUUUGCAGCAAACACUUGUUUUUUAUUUGUGAAAGAAAUGCUAUAAAGACACGCCACCGUUAGCGCUAAAUUUUACGAUUUGAAAAAAAAGAUCUUCA